AUGGCCGAAGAAGCCUUGAGAGGAGACAAUGCUCAAAGGGGUCAGCCCCAAGAGGCCCCUAGGACGCUUCGAACAUACACACAACCGAAGCACACACAACUACUCUCUUGCAUUAACAAGGACCCGUUGGAGGACUUCGAACUCCAACCACAAUGCAUCCAAAUGCUCAACAAUAUGAGUUUUCGGGGUAGGCCCAAUGAGGAUCCAAACGCUCACCUUACAAACUUCAAGAUGAAUUGUAAGGCGAUAAAGAAAGGGCCGGGCAUAACUACGGAUGAUGUGCUCCUUGAAGCCUUUCCCUAUUCCUUAAUGGAGAGAGCACGAGAUUGGCUCUACACCCUCGAGCCAAACUCCAUCUCGUCAUGGGAUGAGAUGGAGGAACAAUUCCUAAUGCAAUAUUACUCGCCCACCAAGACUCAACAUGCGAGGAACCGGAUAAAUUCUUUUGUACAAGAAGAUGGAGAGAAUCUACAUGAUGCAUGGGAACGCUUUAAAGAGUACCAAAGGAUGUGCCCUCACCACGGUAUGGAGCGAGAUUAUCUACUAUCCAUCUUUAUCCAUGGGUUGAAAGAUGACACGAGAUCAUGGAUUGAUGCGGCGUGUGGGGGUGACAUCUAUGAUAUCCCCUUUCAAGAGUUGGAAGCAACGAUUGCGAAACUAGCUAAGGGACGCAGUCACACAUCUAAUGAGUUUAGUAGAAAGAGCUCAACAAAGGGAGAUAUCGGAGAAAACAUUGCACUCAAAGCAGUCUUGUCACAACUUGAGGAGAUAAAACUCCAUCUAGCCGGCAAUAAGCAAGUGGCUGCGAUAGAGGAGCAUGGUUCAACACAAAUCCAACCGGGAAUGUACUUAGUUGAUCAAGGAGUGGAGGAAGCAAACUAUGUUGGUCCGAACCAAUUCAAUCAUCCUUCGAACCUCUAUCAUCCCGGGCUAAGAAACCACCCGAACUUCUCUUACAAGAAUCCGACGAAUGCAUUGAACACUCAGUCGGGGUUUCAACGAAACAACCAAGGACCCCCAGGAUUCCAAUCUAAGUUCCAGCAACAAUCCCAAGACAAUCAAGGUUAUCAAGGAACUUCAAACUUCAGAAUGCAACAAUCACAAUCCAAGGAGCAAGAUCCUGAAAUUAAAGAUAUGCUCAUGCAAAUUCUUCAAGGCCAAAAAUCACAAGGUAUUUCCAUUGGGAACAUUGAGGCUGAACAAGUUGCAUUCAAGAAGCAAAUGGAUGGAGUACACGCUCAUUUGAAGAUCUUGGAUAAUCAAGUGGCACAACUUGCCUCAUCCUCUUCAUCAAGGCAACAAGGAACUCUCCCGGGAAAGAACGAAACAAAUCCUCGGGAGCACAUUAAUGCGGUGGAGCUAAGGAGUGGAAAGCAACUUCCCGAAAUCACCCCUCCUAUGGCCGAAAGGGGACCAACACCACGGCUAACAAGGGAGGAGAAAGGCAAAGCGAUAGAGGAGAGCACUCCUAAGGUGGCCGAACAAGAGAAAGAACCCGUCUACAUUCCACCGCCACCUAAGAUCGAGCCUUAUGCGAUCUUGGAGCAAGCGUGA